AUGACACAAUAUCAGAUGAUGACACAAGACUUAUCGUCAUCGUCCAGCUCGAGCAGUGAGGGAGGAGACGAUCAGGAUGAUCUUGAAUCGCACGAUGUAGCCAUGGAUUUGCAGUUGCAACCGAUGUUCACUGGCCAAUGGGAUCUGGAGGCGUCAGUUGCCUACCAGAUCAAGUGCAUUAUCAUGGAGCUGUUCUUGGGCUUUUCAGCUCUGAAUCAGGGCAGUCUCUUGGAACAGCAGGUCCACAUUCUAGAGCCUGACACCAACCCUGCGGAUGACGACGAUGCAAGCCAGGAGUUGGUGCGAUCGGAUCCAUCUGGUCUUGUGGUUGCUGAACUGCUGACGCCUACUUGGUUGGUGUACCCUGGAGAACAACCACCAGUUCGUAGGGGCCCAAGCCGAAGGGGCAGUGCUUUGGCGUUGGCAGUUGUGCAUGAGUUUGCUUGUCGCAUACCUCAGGAACUGCAGCUGUCUCCUCCUGGAGACGUUGUGCUGGAGGAGUUCUUGAUACGUUCUCUGCUGGAAAGGCGCCAGUGGCGCACGUUUGUCUUUGACUAUGCAAAGGCUGUGUUGUUCUCUGACAAGCUGGCGUCACUAUAUGACAAGCACGAGCUUGCUUGUCUUCGCCUGGCAGUCUUCUGUUACUUCACUUCCUUGGUGAAGGUGGUUGCCAGUGACAUCUUGGAGCACCUAUCAUUUCUGAUUUCCACUCGAGAUGGGCUGGUUCCCCGUGUGCUGCGACACAACGAUUGGGGUGCAGCAAAUGGGGGACCGCCUCUUGGUGGGGGCCUCCAUGCACAGGUCCUGCUGUUCCUCAAGGCAGCCUUUUCUGUGCCACACAACACAAUUCUUGCUCAAAGUGACGUGUCCUUAUACUAUCUGGACCUCCAUUGGACGGCAUUUAAGAAGCUGUACAAUAGGGCAGCGGCCAAGGGGAGUGAAGUCAAACCAGUUUGUCGGCUUCAUUUGGAGGUGAUCCGUGAGAUUGUUGCUCACAAGAAGCCAUUCAUAUAUACACACCUUUGCGCGCUGGGAAUCCUGGAGCGACUGGCAGGGGAAAUCAGCAUUGAAGGGAAGGAAGCUAUGGCAGUUAAGCUGCAGAGCUUCAUGCCAGCACAGGCAAAAGUGAAUCAGCGCCAGAAGCAGCAUGGCAAUGACAGAAUGAAGAUCCCGCAAAGUGCGUUUGCAGACAAGAAGGUCCAGGCAGCUGCCCGGCCAUCUGGAGGGCAGAAAGCUGCUGCCCCAGCGCCCAAUCCUGUGCCACCACUUUCGCUAUCUCCUGCUCCUGCGAAGGAGGCGUCCACUGACUCAAGCACCCGGGUGUCCCUUGUAAGGCUCGACAGGAAGAGCGGCAAGUCGAAGGGGCGAUCGUCAAAUGGAUCACAAGUGACUACGACGAAGACUUGCUCAGGUGGCAGUGGCCAGAAGUCUGCCAGAGGCCAGAAAUCAGGAAGAAAGAAGCCUGUAACACUUGCUCGGAAAAGCUUAAAGAGUACUGAAGCCAAGACCCUCAAGGAGGAGAGCAGGGGUAAGAAGGAAGAGGGCACUGCUGAGGUCUCCCUGUUUCGGAAGAGCACAAAGAGCACGGAUGCCAAAACCGUAAAGGAUGACGGUAGGGAGAAGAAAGAUGAUGGUGCUGCUGAGGUUUCACUUUUUCGAAGAAGCACAAAGAGUGCAGAUGCGAAAGCUGUCAAGGGAGACGGCCGGGACAGAAAAGAGGGGGGACCUUCUGAGGACAAACCUAGCAAUGGAGCAAGGGCAUCUGGUGUGAAGAGGUCGCUGGGCAAGUUGGCAUCCAGUGGCUCACAAGAUGCACGACGGAUUGCUGGUGCGACUGAUGGGAAAACUGUGUAUCGCCGCAAGCGAAGUGCUCGCCGCCAUAAGAAGGAUGUACAAACUGCCCCAAGCGAAGGACAAACUCCAUGCACUUUGGCUGCAGAGUCCUGUGGCAGUGGCAGUGGCAGUGGCAACCAAACAGCAAACCAACAGAAGCCCAGGGGGCAUGCAUUGCCGGGCAAAGGCAAGGCGAUGGAGCCUCCAACAGCAGUUCCAAAGGAGCCACCGAUGUCAGCUUGUGCUUCAGUGGCUUCUGGCUCGCAAGCAGCAUCCAGUGCUGUUUUUGAGCCUUUGGAAUGUCCUUUGGAUGAGUUCCCUAGUACAUCCUCACAGACAGGUUCGCCAGGUGGGGACAUCCGGGCAAUUUUGUCGCUUACUUCCAAACCAGUUGUGGGUGGGCCAGGUAGGCUCCAGCCGAAGAGCCUUGGCAGGCACAGUGCUGACAGCAGAAAUGCAAAGGCAAAUGUGGUUCAGCGCGAAGCAACAGCUGGCCGUGCUAGUAGUGACUCUAAAGGGCCAAAGGCGGCACUUUCUUCAAGCAAGGCAGGAAUGGCCCGAGCUCACAGCACUCCAGGUCAACUGCAGAACAAGACUGAGGGUGUAAAGGCAAGGCGUGCCAGAUCGGCAAUGCCUGGUACUUUGGACAGCAUUGCCGAGCCUUUUGCCAAAACUGCUUGGGAUUCUGGUACGAAGGUGAGGCCAUCCACACCGCCCAAGUCCUUGGCCUCACGGUAUGGACCAAACAGGCCAACCAGGAAAGCUCCGAGAAAAAGGGCCAUGUCAACAACAGUGCUGCCCACCAUUGUGGACAAGACUGAUAUGGGUGUUGAUCCACCAACAGCAGAGAGUGCAGCGCUUCGCAAGUCUAGGUCGAAAUCAUGGGCUCCUUUGGGAGAGAGUGUGCUGCAAGUCUCCACAAAACCAGAUGAGAGGGAAAUAGCCUUGCUUUUAGAAGAUGGACAGACCACUCCCACAGGCAGCGAGUCCUCACUUGACUUUCAGAAAGAGCCUUCACCACCGACAAGGCUGGGUAAUGCAGACCUGGACAGUGAUGGGGAGCAGGGAGAUCUUGUGUUCAUCCCAGAAGCAACAGAAUUGAGGGGUGAGAUGGUCUCCGCAGAGACAUUCUCUGUUGGUGAAGAUCCUGCUGUUGACGCUGGGGUCCCUGGUCCCAGCAAUGCAGUGAAUCAGCCUGUACCAGCUUUGAGGCUCCACAAUGAUGAUCAAGCAGAACAGGAUUCUGCCGCAGGCAGCGCUGUCCCACAACAAGAUGUGGAUGGUGUUGUUCCCCGUCUGAAUCUUGCAGAGAUUGUGGGAGCUAGGGUACCAGUGAAGGGCAGCCAGCAGCUAUUUGAUCCUAAUAACACAGCAUCUUCAAUCACGAGCACGACGUUAUCCUCUGAGUACAUCUGUGAUCGUGAUUCUUCUUUCACCAUUGGAAGAGAACCCAGUGAACUCGAUGCCAGUGAGGCUGCUGGAAGGCGUGCAGGGAAACGUUCCCCUUCAGGAGGGAAGCUGUCCGAAUCAGAACACAAUGGUCCGCCUACUUUUGGCCUUGUCUGUCGAGCACGGGCAAAUACCCCUGCAUCAUCGUCUGUGCCAAAUGCACAAGCAGGUCAUCAGGCCAGUGCCAACCAGGAUGUGCAAUCUGCUUUUGGCAGUGAAGAUUUUGAUGGUUCAACAUCACCAGGAAGCUGGCAACCUCCCUCUGACUUUGAAUACACAGGUGAUAUGUCUGACGAUGCAAGGAGGUUGGAAAGACUUGAGAGGCAGCAUCAUGGCUAUGCACCAUCGUUUGACUCGAUGGACACAUUUUCUUUGCCUGGAAGCGGCAGAGCGCGGCCUUUCAGUGUCCCGCCAAUACGGAUGCCUGGUAUGGAGGCAUCAACGCCGCAGGAAGGCAACCCAGCAAAGGAGAUGCUCAGGACAUCCAGCAGCCAGUACCAGGACGACCAAAGGAGCAAGACAUCCUUGGGGUUUGCAGGUGAGGACAAGCACUCCCGGGUGCCAUCUAUUGAUUCCAGGGGUGUGGCAGGAGGACCAUUAUCUGGCACGGUAGCCAACCUCAUGUACGACUUUGAGAUGACUGGGGAUGCAUCGGAUGAUGCACGGAUGCUGGACAGGAUGGAGAGGAGGAAGAGAGGGGAAACCCUGUCAACAAUGUCGUCACAGUUUGGGUCCUUCGAUUUGUCAGGUUCCUCAGAUCUAGCUGCAGGGAGCAAGCCCAUCCCAGUGCCUCCCAUCAGCAUCGGUGGCCCAAUCGCUCGUCCUGGCAAGAGCCGACUGCGGAGUCGUUCCAGGAACAUCUCUCAGCAGUCGGUUGGAUCAGAUGCAUUUGGUAAGUCCAAUGGAUCUCCCCUAUGCCAGCGAACAGAUUCCAUGGUUUCGAAGGCAAGCACGUUCCAACCCCCCAGUGACUUUGAGUACACAGGGGAUGUCUCGGAUGACGCCCGAAGGCUUGAUGCCCUUGAGCGCAGGCAGCGAGGGCUGUCAAUGUCAACAGUGGCAUCUUUCUCGACACUGCAGACAGGCGACUUUGCCAAUGAUAUGGAACUUGAGGGCCAUGGCAAAGCAGAGGUUCCUUUGCUGGAUCUGAACCAGGGUUUCAUUCAGCACACUCGGCAGCAAUCCAACCUCAGUGGAAACAUGAUGAGCUGGGGUUCAAUAUCUUCAGAGCAGACCAAGUCCAUGACGCACGUCUGGACCGGGGUUAGCACGUCGAACCCUUUUGUCAGUGCGACUAACAUGGAUACACGACAACCAGAAAGUCUGUUCUCCUAUGACACCAAGAAAGAAGUGCAUCGUGUGAGGGCAGCAGCCGAUCGUGCCCCAACGCCUCCACUACCCAUUGGGGUUGCUGGCAUGGUUAAGCAUCGGGGAGGAGGAGCUGGAAAGGAUGCGCACAGCACAAAAGGCCCACUGUCACUUGCUGGAAUGAGGAAGGACCACUCAUUGGCUGGCCAGAACCCCAAGAGCCAGCAGUCUUCUGCAGAAAAUGGAGGUAGCCAGUUUGCUGUGAUGCGCCGUUUGAGGGGAGCCUACCAGAGCGACAAGCUGCAUGCGAUCAUAUUGGAAAUCUUGCUGGAAGGCAUGCUGCUGGAAGAGUGCACCCGUCCAGCCAGAGAGACUGACAAACCAGAGGCAGUGCAGCUGGUCCAGAAGGAUCUUCCAAUCUAUUUGCACCACCACCUCAACCACAGCUGUUCACGGCACAUACUGCCCGUGCUGAGGCACCGCGCACUGAAGAGGAAUCCGCGAUUGUUCGGGUUGUUGAGGAUGCUUGCCCGAGAGUUCUUCCCUAGCUCUAUAUACAAGAGCAGCAAGAGAAUGGGAAAGGGUGCCUUCGCCCAGGUUCACCGAUGCAUGUUGCCUGUCAAAGGUGGCCCAAAUACCUGUGCAGUGAAAGUUGAAGAUCUUCCAGCAGAAUCCAACUGCAUGCGUACGCUCAUGGAUAUGUUUUCAGAGGUGUCAAUCCUGGAGCAGUUCCGUGGGUUGCCCUGCAUCUCACAGCUCUUUGACUAUGGCAUCACGCAUGACUCCAUGUACAUGGUCAUGAAGGAGUACAGGUGUUCAUUGCUGGACUGGCGUAAGAGGUUGCCAGCAAGGUGUCCCAGGGCACUCAGACUAUUUUUGAGGAUCUUCCGCAACGUUGUCGAAGCGGUAAAAAUUCUUCAUGAGCACAAUGUUGUGCACUUUGACCUCAAAUGCAGCAACGUCCUGCUGGACCCCCUACCGGGUGUGGAGGGUCACUUCUGGUCUCCCCCAACAGAGGAGUUGCCUUUCAGGGUGGUUCUGGCUGACUUUGGGGAAGCCCGCAGCUACUCUAACAGCUGGGAAGCAAGGACAGUGCGCAACCGAGGCACAGAGUUCAACAAGAGUCCUGAGAUGCUGUUGAUUUCCAACGCCAGCAAGAGAGACCUGCCAGAGUUUGAUCGCAGGAAGCGACAGGGGGCAGGCCAGCCCUGUGACGUUUGGGCUCUUGGGUGCCUUUUGUUUGAGGUUGUUACUGGUGAGGUGCUGCAGUACGACGAUGACUACGCGCGGUUCUUUGUGAGGAUCACACGGGCAUCACUACCCGUUGUCGAUGGUGAACGGCUCAGGCUGCUGGAUCUGGAUUCAAAGUCUUCAGAAAUUGUGCUGGACCUCCUGAACUUCAUGUUGGUGAGGGACCAGUCGUGGCGGCCUUCUCUUACCAUGGUAGAACGCCGCCUAGACCAGCUCAUGACGUCAGGAAGCCUUCCGAUCUACGCCAGGCCCAUGUCAACGGGUGCUGACGACGAUGAUGAGCCUGUGCCUGCCAAUGUGAAGCAGACCCCAGGCAUUCAGUUGUUUGGCGACAUUGGUGAGCUGCCGCUGGACAUUGUAAAAUUGACUGAUCAGCAUGUGCUGGCGAGGAUCGCCAUGGUCCGUGACCCCUGGGUGUUGACUGAGAACAACAUCACGAUGGUGGUGCUGAUGCGGGGCGGCCCACCUAAUGCUGUUACCAUCGCCAUCCGAGGUGCGGCUGCUCGUGCUCAGAUCGAGCUCCUGGAAUUGGACCUCCUGAUUGGGCUGAUGGAGUCCGAUCCUACAGAGGCGCGGUGCAGGAAAGGCCAGUCUGAACAUGAGAUUUUGAGCCGCGACCAAAUCAAUGCGGUGCUGGAAAGGAGGUCCGCCAGGGUGGCGAUGGCUGCAGAGGCGGGAUACGAGAAGGCGCUCUUGCGACUUGCGACAGCCAUAGUGAAGGAGGAGGAGAGUAUUGGAGAGUUUGAGGCACACCUGUGGAUAUGGAGACGCCUCAAGCAGUAG